AUGAAGCUCCAGAGCAGCUUUGAGGAGUUUACUCCUGAUUUCACUGGUGAUGAAGAUGAUGAAACCUACUGGUUGCGGUGCUCCAGUCCAGGCCUGUACCAGUGCAGAGUGAGCGGUCUGGUGUUUGCCAUGAAGGCAGAAGGAGACGUGUCCUACAGGAUUGUUCCUUGGAGCAGCAGGUUACUGAGCCAACAUGGCAAGAAGCCUGCAGGACCUCUGUUUGACAUCAGAUGUCAGCAGCAGUCUGUGGCUCAGCUCCAUCUCCCUCACUGUGAGAUCUGCUCCACAGGAGGAUGUACCUACCUGUCAGUCGCUCACAUAGGUGAUGAAGGCAUUGAGUUCAUCAAGCCUGAGGAGAUCACAGAAACUCACGUCAUCAUCAACAUCACAGGGUUUUCUGCUUUUGGUAACGUCAAGGAUGAAGAUUCUCCUAAUGACCCGGUCCAAGCCUUGGUUCUGCUGUUCUACAAGCCUCCAGCUGCUCCUAGUGUCAGAUAUCAGAUUAAUGUGUUGCUGCUGCCUAAAAACGUUGUUCUGAGACAUGUGUUGCGUUUUAGGAAGAAAAUAGAUAGAGAUGAGAAGUUUCUAGAGACACCUCCACACUGCAGACUGCAGCCGAAGCAGCUUUACACUCUGUCCACACGUCCUGGAAGAAAGUCGGUUCUGGUUCAGCCCAAAGAGGCAGAGUUUGAUGCAGAAUCAUACGACAACUACCUCCCAACGUUCCAGGUGGUUUAUGAGAAUUUCAUGAGUUACAUUAAACUGUUUCUGAGGGACGGUGGCUCCAGCAGCAUCUGGAAUACAGAGGUUUGUCUUUCUACUGCUGGAGUGAGAAGAUCCUAUGGACCGACCCGACAGAAUAUCGGUCCAAGCGAGCAUCUUAAGGAAAUAAGGACCAGCUUCAUGGAAAGGAUAUCAGGACCGGUUCUGAAGAGUCUUCUGGACAAACUUCUGGAGAUAAAAGUCCUCAGAGAUGCUGAGAGGGAGGCAGUGGAGGGGGAGACGAUCAGAGGAGACAAAGCUCGAGUUUUAGUUGACAUGGUGAGGAGAAAAGGUGACGAUGCAAGUUCAGAGAUGAUCCGUUCUCUCUGUGAGCUCGAUCCGUUCCUCUCUAAACAUCUGGGGCUGAUGUGUGAAAAAAUGAUCAGGGUCCAUUGA